UUCAUUUGAAAUAUCAAAAAAAAAAAAAUAACCAAAAAUGAAAUUCAACAGUCAAUCUGUUUUAUUAUUUGCCUUUUUGGGUUUGUUCGUUUCAACAGUCUACAUUGAAGUGAUCAUGGCUAACAAAAUGAUUGCUGCCAUGUUAUUGGGUGCUGCAUUGGCUAAACGACCAAAAAUGUUGCCAUUACCACUUCCACUUCCCAUCCCAAUGAAAGUUGAACACAAGAAAUAUGUUCCAUACAAGAAACCAAUUCCAUACUAUGUUCAUAAAUCAGAACCAAUCUAUGUUGAAAAAGGUGGUUAUGGCGGUGGUUACGGCGGUGGUUACGGCGGUGGUCACGGUGGUGGUUAUUCAGGUGGUGGCGGUUAUGGUGGCGAAUACGCUGGUGGUGAUCAGGGUUACAGUGGCGGUGGUGGUGGAGGUUAUGAAGCCGGAUAUUAA